AUGGCAAGAAGCCCAUCAAGCAGACUCCAAGAAGAUUCGCACCAGAACUCCUCACAAAGAUCAAAAAAGAGGUCGAAAGACUUCUUCGUUGCAACUUCAUCAGGACCACAAGCAACCCCUAAGGAUGAGUAUCCAAUGCAUGUGGCAGAGAUGUUGGUGGACUCAGCCGCAGGCUAUGAGUAUCUCAGCAUGCUUGAUGGAUAUUCUGGCUAUAACCGGAUUUUCAUCGCAGAAGAAGAUGCUGGAGAUUUCCUGGGCUUUGUGAUCCACAAAAAGGGGAUAAAAAUCAAUCAGAACAAGACGAAGGCUAUUAUGGAGACCAAAGCACCAUCAACCAAAAAGGAAUUGCAAUCAUUAUUACGAAAGAUAAACUUCCUAAGAAGAUUCAUCUCGAAUUUAAGUGGUCGAACUCAAGCCUUCUCUCCCCUUCUGCGCCUGAAACAAGGCAAGUUCGAAUGGAAUGACGAACACCAAGAGGCAUUCGACAAGAUCAAAUAUUAUCUGACGAAUCCUCCUAUCUCGGCACCACCGUGUGGAAAGAAGCCUAUGAGAUUGUAUAUAUCAGCUUCCGACACUACCAUAGGUAGCAUGUUGGCGCAAGAGAAUGAAGAUGGCGUCAAAAGAGCCAUUUACUACCUUAGUAUGGUUUUAAAUGAUGCAGAAACUAGAUACACUUCAAUAGAAAAGUUGUGUCUUUGUUUGCAUUUCUCUUGUACUAAACUUAAAUAUUAUAUAAAACCUAUUGAUUUAUACGUCUCUUCGCAUUUUGAUGUCAUCAAGUAUAUGUUAUCUAAGCCAAUAAUGCACAGCCGAAUUGGCAAAUGGGCUUUAGCGCUCACUGAAUACUCUUUAACCUUUAUACCUUUAAAGGCAAUGAAGGGACAAAUAGUAUCAGAUUUUAUUAUAAACCAUGCACUGGUCGAAAAUCCUCAAUUUCAAGUUGAGUUGAAACCUUGGAAAUUAUUCUUCGACGGUUCCACUCAUAAGAAUGGAAGUGGGGUUGGGAUAAUGUUAAUUUCUCCUGACAGAAUUCCAACAAAACUCAAAUAUAGAAUUGAAGGUCCCCUUUGUUCCAACAACAUAGCAGAAUAUGAAGCUCUUAUUGCAGGACUAGAGGCUUUGUUGGAAUUGGGGGCAACUAGGGUCGAAAUUAAAGGAGAUUCAGAAUUAGUAAUCAAGCAACUGACGAAGGAGUACAAAUGUAUAAAAGAAAAUUUGAUUAUGUACUUCGUCAUUGCAAAUAGGUUACUCAAAAAAUUCGAAUACGUCGACAUAAAACAUGUCCCUAGAAUAAAAAACCAAGAGGCUAAUGACUUAGCACAAAUAGCCUCAGGGUAUAGAAUUUCAAAAGAAAAGCUAGAAGAGCUUGUCGAAGUAAGAGGAAAGGCAAUGGCUGCCAGAUUAUCUCCGACGGAUUUGGAAAGCACCCAGUUAGGACAUGCUAACAAAGAGGAGUUUGAAGUAUUGGCCAUUGAUACCUUGAUAGAUACAGACUGGAGGAAUCCAAUUAUUAAUUAUCUCAAGGACCCUUCGACAGACACGAAAAGAAAAACCAAGUACAGGGCUCUAUCUUAUAUAUUGAUAGGGAAUGAAUUAUUCAAGAAAACCCCUGAAGGGAUCCUGUUGAAACGCUUAGGAGAAAGCGAAGCUUACUUGGCAUUAUCCAGUGUACACAGUGGAGCUUGUGGAGCAUAUCAGGCAGGCCAUAAGAUGAAAUGGUUGCUUUUCAGAUAUGGAAUGUAUUGGCCCACCAUGUUAAAAGAUUGUAUAAAGUUUGCUAAGGGUUGCCAGGAAUGUCAAAUACAUGCAGGAAUUCAACAUGCUCCUGCAAGCGAACUUCAUACAAUUAUUAAGCCUUGGCCCUUCAGAGGUUGGGCAUUGGAUCUAAUUGGGGAAAUUAUACCCCAUUCAUCCAAAGGUCAAAGAUACAUACUUGUAGGAAUUGACUAUUUCACUAAAUGGGUCGAAGAAGUACCUUUAGUAAAUGUGGAUCAAGAAACUGUUAUCGAAUUCAUUCAAAGGCAAAUUUUAUACAGAUUUGGAAUCCCAGAAAGGAAAAAGCCAAAAAAUUGGCACAAAAAUUUAGACCAAGCACUCUGGGCUUGUCGAACUUCCCCUAAAGAAGCCACUAACACUACACCUUUCCAGCUUACAUUUGGACAUGAUGCAGUACUACCUGUCGAAGUAUACUUACAAUCAGUGAGAAUCCAAAGACAAGGAGAAAUCCCAUCUGAUUUAUACUGGGAAAUGAUGAUAAAUGAGCUGGUGGAUUUGGACGAAGAAAGGUUACAUGCGUUAGAAGUAUUAAGAAGACAGAAGGAGAGGGUAGCAAGGGCAUACAAUAAGAGGGUCAAAGGUAAAACUUUUACUACAAAUGAUUUAGUAUGGAAAGUCAUAUUGCCUAUGGAUCGAAAGAAUAAGGCAUUAGGAAAAUGGUCUCCACAUUGGGAAGGACCUUUUCGAAUUCUAAAAGCCUUUUCAAACAAUGCAUACGAAAUAGAAGAACUAGCAGAGGAUCGAAGGAUCCUAAAAGUAAAUGGAAAAUACUUAAAGAGGUAUAAACCAUUUAUGCACGAAGUUAGAAUCAUAACAGGAUAG